UUAAUGUAUACAAAUUACAAACCUAUCCGAUAUCCAAAUUCUGAAGUAAAAAUUAAUAAUUAUUUGAUCAAAAUUAGUCGUUAGUUGAUUCUCUAUUGUAAUUAACAUGAGUGAAACUUCAAAAUUGAAAAUAAAUUCUGUAAAUGAUAAACUAAGCUCUAAUAAGUUUCAGUCAACAGAACAAUUCAAAUGUGGAUGCGAAAAACGUUUUGAGUCUAAAAGUUGUUAUAACAGACAUAUAAAAAAUUGUAAACUACGUCCUAAACAACAGUUUAUAACUGGCAAUACUAAAUGUAACGAACCUGGAUGCUUAAUGACAUUCAAGUACAUAAGAGACUUUCUACAGCAUUUAAAUGAGAAGCACCAAAUACAAUUUGAUGUUGAAGACAAAACAUUUGAUACAUAUGCUGAUUUUUUAAAUUGGAAAGUAAAGUAUGAAUCAGAAACUUGCAGUUACUUUUAUCAUCGUAAAAAUGAAAGAAGUAGAAGACGUAGAGUAGAAUAUUGGUAUUGCAACCGCUCAGGUUACCAGAGUUCAUUACAAAAUCGUAGGCGAAAGUUAAAAUCUCAAGGAAUUCUUAAAAUAAAUAAUAAUUGUACAUCUUCAAUAACAGUAAAUGUAAAUAACACUGAUGACACUGUUCAAGCUGUUGUUCACCACACACAUUUUGGACAUAAAGCUGAGCUCGUACAUUUACGAAUUCCUAAAAGUGAUAAACAAGAAAUAGCUUCCAAAUUAUCACAAGGUGUUAAAAUCGAAGAUAUAUUAUUAUCAUAUAAAAAAGAUGGAUCAUCUAAGGAAAUUGAACGAAAACAUUUAAUAAAACGAAGAGAUAUAUUAAACAUUUUAAAAAAAUAUAAUGUUAAAACUAUGUCGCCAGAAGUGCAAUCAUCAAAAAAUAAAAUGAAUUAUGAACCUGAUCAAGAAACAAUUAAACCUCUCAUUUUAGACUAUAUACCAAGUACAGACGAGGCUAACAAACACCAUCUUAUUGCUUCUCAAUUUUCAUUAUCUCCUGUAAACCCAAUUCAUGAAAGUAUUGAAAAUGUUUGUAGAAUUUCCAUGGAAAAUAGUUUAGUUUCUAAACAUUCAAUUAAUUAUAAUAACAAAACUUAUGAUGUUACUAAAAAUGAUGUAUUAUCAUGCUCUAGUGAAGAAUGUAUAUCUUAUUGCAACUAUUGUAAUAUUUGUUACCACACCUAUUCUUGUAAAUGCCCAGAUUAUACCUUGAAAAAAAUUAUUUGUAAACACAUUCAUUUAACUGUACUUUUUCAAGUAAAUUCACAAACUUGUCAGUACAAAAAUCAUAUAGAAAGAUCUUUCUAUGGGAUCCAAGAUCAUACAUAUUGUACACAAAAUCAUAUAGAAAGAUCUUUCCAUGGGAUCCAAGAUCAUACAUAUUGUACACAAAAUCACAUAGAACCCAUUAAAAAUUCACAACCAUAAUAUUAUUAUUAAUAAUGUUUGAUUAAACAAUUAAUCAGAAGAACUUAAAAAGAUUAAAGUAAGACUGGAAAAAUUAAUGAUGAAUACAUAAGUAAAAAUCGACGACUGUAAUAAUGUUGAUUUAUUAGAAACUUUGGAGGAACAAAUUACUAAUACAACACGUAAUUUAGGCUUAGAAAAUUCUACUAAGAAAAGAAAUGAAUUACAAACAAUUUUAUCUGAAAAAAAUAUUGAAGUUUAUUAUGUAUUUUCAACUGUACCUACUAAAUUUGUUUAUAAAUAAUAAUUGCAUUGAUAA